AAGACAGGGUGGGGGUGAUGUGUUUUGUUGCCGGUGGCGGGCGGAAGUGAGCGGAGUCAUCAUAGAUAUGAAGACUAGAUUCGUCAGUAGCCCAGCUCACCGACGUGGCGGCCAUGUUGCGGAGGUCGUCGUUCCCAUAGAAAGCAACGCGUGGACAUUGAAAUUAAGUCGUAACUUGCUCAUAACUCGACCGAGUUUCACGAAGGUUACUGUUUUUCAACGCGAAAGCGUAUGCUAUCAGCACACAACAUUUGAAAAAAAAAAUAAUAAUUCUACACGUGAAAGGGAGUCCCGGUUCCCUUAUUGUAAUUGUAGGGUGUUGUUCGCAACCGUAUGCAGCACAAUAUGCCGGCACCGUUGGUCUUUUGGUUUCCUUGCCGGAAUGCACUCACGACGUCGACCUCCUUAGCUUAGCGUCGCCGCGGCACGCAGCUGAAAAUGGGCGUGUCCUAUCUAGCGAAACAGAGCUCGGGUUAGCUAAACAUCACGGUGGGCGAACCGGAGCCGUUUACGAGCACCGCGGCGACCUUUUCGUGCCAAACGAAACGCAAAUGUCUCGUUUGAGAGGCGCGCAGGAGGUGGACUCGCUACGCGGCUUCAGGACGCCCAAAAGCGAGCCCAAUGUCCCGUAUGGGCUCCUCAAGGCGGCCCGGCAGAGCGGAACUCUCGACCUGACCAAUCGGAGCCUCACGGAAGUGCCGGCGAGCGUGUACCGUCUGAACGUGGACACGCCCGAGGAGGCCCAUCGCAACGUGUCGUUCGGCGCGUCGGAGCGCUGGUGGGAGCAGACCGACCUCACCAAGCUGCUGCUGGCGUCCAACCGGCUCGGCCGCUUGUCCGACGACAUCCGACUGCUACCUGCGCUCACCACGCUGGACCUGCACGACAACCAGCUGCAGACGCUGCCGAGCGCCUUGGGGGAAUUGCGGGAACUUCAGCAGCUGCGACUCGGUCACAACCGCUUGAGGUCGCUGCCACCGGAGGUCUACGGUCUGAAGCGGCUCCGUAGCCUGACGCUGCAGCACAAUCUGCUGGACGGGUUGCCCGAGGAGCUGGGACAACUGGAGGCGCUCACUGAGCUGGACGUGUCCGACAACCAGCUGACGGAGCUCCCGUCCGGCCUGGGCCGCCUCCAGCGCCUGCAGAAGCUCCACCUGUGUCGCAACAAGCUGGCCCGGCUUCCCGACGGCUUGGCGCUGCUCACCGAUGUGAAGCUGCUCGACUGUAGCAACAACCUUCUGAGUGACAUUCCCGCCGGCCUCUCGCAGAUGCCGGCGCUGGAGCAGGUCUACCUGCGACACAACAAGCUGCGCCAAUUCCCGCCGCUUCGCGCCCCCGCGCUCAAGGAGCUGUACGUGGGGAACAACCAGAUGCUCAGCGUGUCUGCCGAGCAUCUGUCCGGCUUGGGCGUCCUCUCCGUGCUGGAGCUGCGGGACAACAAGAUCAAGACGCUGCCCGACGAGCUGGCCGCGCUGAGCGCGCUCACGCGCCUCGACCUCACCAACAACGACAUCGGCACACUUCCCGCGUCGCUCGGCCUGCUGCCCGACUUGCAGAUCCUGCUGCUGGAGGGAAAUCCUCUGCGUGGGAUCAGGAGGGACCUGCUGACUAAAGGAACCAAUGAGCUUCUUAAGUACCUCAGAGGAAGAACGAAAGAGGAGCCCGAUAGCGUCGCCGACGUGCCGACCGCCGCGACGCUGCCCGGCCAGGCCGCCGUCGACGUGCGCAACAUGAAAACGCUCAAGUCGCUGGCGUACAGCAACAAGAAGGCCGAGCGCGUCCCGGACGAGCUGUUCCGGGCCGCCGCCGAGCACGCCGUCACGUCCGCCGACUUCAGCAAGAACCUGCUGAGCGACGUGCCGCCGAGGUUGGCCGAGACGCGGGCGUCGCUGACGGAGCUCAACGUGGCGUUCAACAGACUGACCCGCUGCGACCUCGUCUGCUCGCUGCGGAACCUCGUGCACCUCGACCUCAGGAACAACCAACUGAAAGAUUUACCGGCCGAGCUGAAGAACUUGACGAAGCUUCACACCGUCGUCCUCAACUGCAACAAGUUCAAGUCCUUCCCGGAGGUGUUGUACGACAUGCCGUCCCUGGAAACCAUCCUGCUGGGCAACAACCAGGUGGGAGGCGUGGACCCCGCUCGACUGCUGGGGCUGGUGCGCCUGUCCACGCUGGACCUGUCCGACAACGACCUGCUCAACGUGCCGCCGCAGCUGGGCCUGUGCACGGCGCUCAGGUGUCUGAGUCUGCAGGGAAAUCCUUUCCGGACACCGCGGGCCGCCAUCGUGGCGAAGGGAACGGACGCCCUGUUGGAGUACCUUCGCAGCCGCAUCCCCGCAUGACCCUUGACCCCCGCCCCCCAUAAAACUGCCACAUUUUGACAAUCAUUCUGAAUUCAUUAAAGGCACUUGUUUGACUUCA